AGAUCUUCAAUCUUGAGUCAGCCAAAAAUUGUGGGGCGGGAAAUUGAAUGGAGUGACCAACCGGAAGAAGGGUGUGAGGCAUGCUUGCCAAGAAACGCUCCCAGCCAUUCGUUCCCAGUAAGACCACAAUGCUGGGUCAACUGCUGGUUGUCUUGGCGAUCGUCGAGGAAUCCCUGUUCCCAAUCUUCCCUCCCACGAAUCAUAGAAGGGAAGGGCUAAAAAGCAAUGCUGCCCAGUAUCAAACAGCUUACGUAGACUUGGUCGUCGAUCAUUUUGCGCCGCUGAAGCUGGUAACCGAGGAUAACCCUUUCACAAUUUCAGAGCAAUCAGAUUCUGGGUGCGAUACACGGAAUUAAUUUUGCCCACAGCGUGAACUAACGUAGACGCUAAGGUAGUGUGGCCGAUGAUGUGCACUGUGCGUCAAAUCAACUGGAGCGAUGAUAAAUAACGACUCGUCGCGUCGAAAAUGCGUCGGAAAUUUGAAACCAUGGCAAUGCGGUCUGACCCGAAGAUCCAGUCCAUUUCAAUCCGACAACCGGAAUGCGAAC